CAGCUCGAGAACUGGAGACGCGAACACACUCGGGUGAUCUUUCCUGAACAGAGAGAUGACAUCAGCAGAGAAACUCAUCCUCUUUUGUUUUCUGUUUGAAGCUGUUUUGUGUCAAGAUUUCUCCAUCACUCUACCAGAGAGUGUAGAAGCUGUGAGAGGACUCUGUGUUCUCAUCCCCUGCAGUUUUGAGAUUAAUGGAGACUAUGAUGCAGACCUCCAGGGAGAUCCUACAGGAAUCUGGUUAAAAUAUGGCAUUGAUCUUAACAAUAACAAAGUCUUGAACUCAAAAGUAACUAAAGGGAACAAGAUUGAAGGGAAACUAAUAGGAGACCUCCUCAUGAAGAACUGCACCACCAUCUUCUACAACAUCACACAGAGGGACAGAGGAGAAUAUCACUUUAGAAUAGAAGCUUCAGGACGACUGAAAUACACUUUCUAUUCUCCAUCAGUAUCUCUAAGAGUGGGAGACUCUCCAAUCAAUCCCUCAAUAACACUGUAUAAGAAGGAUCAGGGGGAGGUGGAGGACCAAAAUGAGGUGGUGGAGGGAACUUCAGUGAGUCUCAUUUGCUCUGCUCCAGCUCCAUGCCCCUUUAACCUCCCCACUUUUAGCUGGAACUUCCUGCCUGAGGAGAGAAGACAGGAGCAGAACCACAACACCAGCUUCAGCUCCUCUCAGCUGACCUUCAGCGCUACUCACCUGCAUCAUGGACUCAAUUUCACCUGCACUGCCACCUACCAGCUCCAGAACAACAAUAAAUCAGCACACAGCUCUCUUACUCUACAUGUUCUGUAUGCUCCUCAGAUCUCUCCCUUCUCCGGCUGUAACAGCACUCAGGAUCUGAUCAUGUGUUUCUGUGAAGUUCAUGGAAAUCCGUCUCCUAAACUGGAGUGGCGUCUCUCCGGUCAAACUGUCUCGCCAUCUGAGGCCACGCCCAUUCGAGAGGAGUCUGUGGGUGCCAUGGGUUUAAGAAGCUUUAUUACCAUCCGUCAAUCAUAUAUAGACACACCCACUCUGCAGUGUGUUGGCUCCAACAACCUGGGCAUUGACACCAACCUGUUUAAUCCCAUCAUUUCAGAAUGUAGACCCACUGCAGGAUCUUAUCUGGUUCCUGCUGUCUCUGUGCUUCUCCUUCUGUGUGUUGGUGUUAUUGGAUUUCUCAUCUACAAGUUAAAGCAAUUGUCCAGGAAAGUAAAGAUUCUACAGAGAGGAGAUACUUAUGCUUCUCUCCAGCUCUCUGCUGUACAGAACUCUGAAUAUGAAACUCUGGCAAAUAACAGAGAGAGGAGAGGAACGAAGAGCAGUUGAAAACUGUCAUUUAUCAGCGAUUAUAAACAGUUAUUGUUAUUGAUUAAAGAAUGACUCAUACUAUCUCAUCUCAUCAUCUCUAGCCGCUUUAUCCUGUUCUACAGGGUCGCAGGCAAGCUGGAGCCUAUCCCAGCUGACUACAGGCGAAAGGCGGGGUACACCCUGGACAAGUCGCCAGGUCAUCACAGGGCUGACACAUAGACACAGACAACCAUUCACACUCACAU